AUGUCUAGCAGCAUCCCUCCAAAUCCUACACUUUAUGUUAGGAAUUUGAACGAAAAGACACCAAAAGAAGAACUGAAACGUUCUUUAUAUGGGUUGUUCAGUGCAUAUGGACGUAUACUGGAUAUUGUUGCUUUGAAAACGAUACAGAUGCGCGGUCAAGCUUUCAUUGUAUUUAAAGAAAUACAGAGUGCGACAGCGGCGAUGAGAGGUUUGAACGGAUUUAUGUUUUAUGAUAAGCCAAUGCAUAUUGAGUAUGCAAAAUCUAAAUCAGAUGCAAUUGCAAAGCUUGAUGGCACAUGGAAGAAACCAUCAGCUGCCAUUUCUACUGAAAAAACUGCGCAUCCCAAUCUGGCAACAACUUCAGCAGCAACAAGUGCUCACAUUACAUCGAAAAGAGGACUUGAAGAAGAAGAGUCGCAGAAAACAACAAACGGAAGACAAAAACAACGAGAAUCUGUGUCUCCUCCUUCAGAGAAAAUGGAUGAAGAUGAAGAUCAAGAGGCGAUGAUAUCACACGGAGAACCUGAGGCACUUAAUAGAAUAUUAUAUAUAAUGAAUUUACCUCCCGAUGUCACAGAUGAAAUGCUGAGUUAUUUAUUUCAACAGUAUCCUGGUUUCAAAGAAGUCCGACUUGUUCCUGGAAAAUCUGAUAUUGCAUUCGUUGAAUAUGAAACAGAUCAUCAAGCAGCCGUGGCUAAAGAUGUCUUGAACGGGUUCAAAAUUACACAUGAUAAAGAGAUGAAAGUGACAUGGUGA